AUCGUCCUGAUAAGCCGCAUGACUCAAGCUUAUCACAAAACCGGGCAGCAUCCUUAGCCGGGAUUGCUUCUUCCAGAACGUCCAGCGUCAAAGAGAGGCGCAAUCAUUGAGAGAAUUUGUUUUGCUGGCGCCAUAAAUGAGAUGCCAUUUCUCUCCCAAGCAAAAAGCUAUUAGCCGCCGCAAUGACCACGAGUCGCGUCAGUCUGAUUAUGAUUCUGGUGGGAAAAGAUUCUGCAUUCUUCGCUUGCGCCGUGUCAAUCGCAGCAAACAAUAACGGGGUUAAUUACUUUGUUAAACAAUUCGAAAGUGCUGUGAAUUUGACGGAUCGCGCGGCGCGUCAAAAAUGGCGCCCAAUGACAAAAGUCAUCGUCGCCGUUAUCGGAUCGUCGCCAUUGUUUUGUUUUUGAUUGUAAUUAUUGCCACCUGUUCGGCGGCCCCCACGUGGGAACGGGUGGACAUUCUCACGGGCGCAUCGGCGCCGGUUCCCACCAAAGAUAUGUUUGAUUUCAUGCGACGGUUCGGAUACCUUGAGAAAGGUCCCAGCCAAGCGGAGGCACUUUACAGCGAGGACGCGGUCGUGGCGGCCAUCAAGAAUGUGCAAAAGUUUGGGGCCCUGCCGGAAACGGGCCGGCUGGACAGGAGGACGGUUCAGCUGAUGUCGGCGCCGCGGUGCGGCGUGAUGGAUCAGGUCGGAGGGGAGGCGGGUUCGCUCCGACAUCGGCGCUAUGUGAUCGGAGCGGAGAGUUGGCGGAAGCGGAAGAUCACUUAUUUCAUCGCCAAUUGGAGCAGCAAAGUAGGCGAAGAUUCGGUGGCCAAAUUUAUGCAGAAGGCUUUUAACGAGUGGGCCCGGUACAGCAAUCUGCGGUUCGUCCGGGUUUACGAUCCUUCGGCGGAUAUCAUAGUAGGCUUUGGCAGCGGUCACCAUGGGGAUAACUACCCGUUUGACGGACCGGGGAACAUCCUGGCGCAUGCCUUCUACCCGUACGAGAUGGCCUCCUACGGCGGGGACAUCCACUUUGACGAGGAUGAAAAUUGGAAGGAAAACUCGACCCAACUGGCGGAUGGCGUUGACUUUUACUCCGUGGCGAUCCACGAGCUGGGACACUCGCUGGGCCUUGCCCACUCCCCGGUCUACUCUUCCCUCAUGUUUCCCUACUACAAAGGAAUCACCCAGGGAACGCUGGAUUACGAUGACAUCCUGGCGGUGUACAAGCUCUACAUCCAGAACCCUUACAUAACCGACGAUCCUCCACUCCCAACCGACAGCACAAACUCCAUCGACGACGCAGACUACGAAGAGCAAACGCCGGAAAACACUCCAGAACCGGGACCAAAACUCCCAGACUUCGUUACAGAUCCAACCCCGGUAGACGAGGAACCUCCAACGACCAAACUGUACGACCUGCCGAUAACCUACGUCGGCGACUACAGCACCGUUGACGACCACAUCACGCGACACUAUCCCGUGACGCAGGAACCCGCCACCGUUGCGCUCCCGGAACCGGUUCCGAACGUGUGCGUCGGAAGUUUCGACGCCAUCGGCGUCCUCCGCGGCGAAGUAUUCAUCUUCAAGGGUCAGUAUUUGUGGCGGCUGACGGAGAAGUACCGCGUCAAGGAGGGUUACCCGGUGCGGAUCUGGCAGGUGUUCCGGGACUUUCCACGGAACAUCGAUCGGAUCGAUGCGGUUUACGAACGGGAAGAGGACAACAGCGUGGUGUUGUUUUCCGGAAGGUACUAUUGGGUGUUUGAUGGAUUGAACUAUCUCCACCCGGAAGCUCGCCCGAUCACGGAUUACGGACUUCCGGACACUGUGGAAAAGGUGGACGCCGCGAUGGUUUGGUCCAAAAACGGCAAAACCUACAUCUUCGCGGGGGAUCAAUUUUGGCGGUACAACGAAACCACCCAGGAACCGGACGAAGGCUACCCAGCACCCAUGGACCGAUGGUACGGAGUGCCGACCAAUCUGGACGCGUCCACGACCACCCCGAGCGGCAAGACGUACUUCUUCAAGGGCAAUUACUACUGGCUGUACAACAACGAACGGGUCCGGCCGGAGCGGGGCUACCCGCGCAAAACGGGCCAAAUCUGGCUCGGCUGUCGGUGAAAUGUUACAAAUAAACGAGUCGAGCAGGAA